AUGCUACAGGGGCUCUUCGCCAACUACAUUUCGAGCCUUUUUCCUAACAUCACCGACAGUCUUCGUCUACGCCUCGCGUCCUCCGUGGUUCUUCGACGGAGGAGGAUCUUGUACAGGCGGUCACGUUAUGGAGACAGUCCAAUUCGAGCCAAGAAGACAGUGUCACAACCUCAAAUCGACAUGCCCCAAAGCCAACGCCAGGAUCCUCUCGUGCUGGAUCUCGCGGAUGAAGCCGCACCGGCUCCGGUGGUGGAACAUGCUUCGGCAAAGAGCAUCGUGCGCUCUCUUGCGCCCAGCGCCACGACAUUGGCCGUCGAGGACUACAGAAAGGCCUCAACACCAUCCGUGAUUUCGGCCGCGAAGACGGUUGCCCUGGAAGAUCACGAGGAUCUCAAUUUUCCGCCACCGCCAAACGGUCGAGUCAAAGGCCGUUAUAAAGUGCUGACGAGGCAGCGCUGGGAGUCUCACCAGGAAUAUCUCAACUCUCUCCCAAACCCUUUCCAGCUCGUAAAUGAUAAAUCUGUGACCACUAGCCCAUACCUCGACAGUCAAGGCAAUCAUGUCACAAUGGAUACCCUCGUAGAACACUUUGACAAGGUCAAUGCAGCGAAACGAAAACUCAAGGCUGACCUGCAUUCCGAUUGGAACGAGUGUCACAAGAUAGUGCCGGAACUAAUCUGCCCCUUUUGCCUCUACGCUCUCCCGAGUCUUUCUAUAAGCGACGACGAACAAUGGAGAGCCCACAUCACGAACGACCUCCACGCAUACGUGUGUCUGUUUGACGAGUGCGACAAGCCGGAAGAGCUGCACCGUCACAGUAGCGACUGGCUGCAGCACAUGAGAAUGCACACGUUGCGUUGGCGCUGCAACUCGAAGUCACACGGCGCGCAGACUUUCCUCACAGAGGAACAGUAUCUGAGACACAUGAGAGGAGUCCACACAGGAUGUUUCACGGAACCACAGCUCCGUGCACUCGCCGAGAGAAAUGCCCGGCCGAUCGGGCCGAUGUUCACGCUUUGCCCAAUCUGCGGCGCGACAGAGGCUACAGACACCCUGGAGGCGCACAUCGUAGGCCACUUGCGGGGUCUCGCGCUCAGAUCUCUGCCGCCAUUCGAGGAUGUGGGCUCGGAAAGCUCCAAGGAAAACGGCUCGGGAGCUUCCAGACCGAUGAGCAGAUCCACAAUCAAAAACGAUCGCGACAGAUAUACCACCCCGAGUUUUGCAGACGUUGGUGGCAACUGGACCUGGGAUUUCGACACACCGGACCCGUCUAGUCCUUAUGCGCGGUCGGGAGGUUACAGGAAUUAUAUUGCCGCGAUUUCAGACGAUGCCGGCUCCGGGCGGCAGAAUGCACCACCCGGAUCGCAUUUUGUCCCGCCUGACAGCAUUGACGCGGAAAACGAGUUUUCUGCAACUGCAGGCAGCUUCUCGGACGACCCAUCGAGCCGCUUUGUAGAGGGGUCGCUGUUCGAUGGCAUACGGACUGAGGACCGCAUGAAUUACGAGUGGGGUUUCACGAUCAGGGCUGGAGACAAAAACCUCGAAAACGAUCACGUGGUCCGGUCAAUGCUUGACUAUAAGCGCCGGCCCAAGCGCCAGGCCAGACACUCGGUCGAGAAAUCAGACCUGCGUUUGAAGCACAUAACCGAGGCCGUCGCUCGCCAGGUGCUCUCUAGUAUCGUCGUCAUUCGCCACGAAAAGUUGAACAAUCCCAACGAAGUGGACGAGGAAGGAUACCCAUGGCAGCCGUCGUGGGAACGCGUAACGCGGACAGAGGAGGCCGACGGGCCCCUAGUAGUACUCAACCGCGUGCUCCAUAAACUCGCCAUGGACGGGCCCGUGGCCGACAAGAAGGCCAAACUCAGCUCGCUCAUACAACAGCAGUUGGAGGAAACACAUGCCCUCCUGGAAGAGAAGGACCCCGACCGUCGGUACCGUUACAUCCUGGCCCAGCUGGACUGGAAGGUGAGGAACGUCGACAAGUCAACUUUCUACUUCAAAACGGAGAUGAAGAGCAAGAGCAAGAAGGAUGGCGAGGAUGGCGAGGAUGGCAAGGAUGGCGAGGAUGGCGAGGAUGGCGAGGACGGCAACGACGGCGAGGAUGGCGAGGACGGCAACGACGGCGAGGAUGGCAAGAAGGAUGAGAAGCCCAAGGCAUCCAAGAUGGAGACGGCCAAGUCAUCCAAGUCCAAGUCCAAGUCCAAAUCCAAGACCAGGAAAAAGCGCGCCUCUGUCACGGCGUACUUCAAGAGGGUACCGAAAGACAGUGAAAACGCGCUCAAGAUGCUGGAGGAGCUCUUGGAGUCCAAGAUAACGCGACAGCAGCCCAGCAGCAACCACAGUGAGGAGGCGACCAGCCUGUCGGUGUCCAACCCGUCGGCGGACACCCGGUAG